GACCACACUAACAUACAGACCCCACAACAGUCUGCCAAGAGAUACUUUGGAAUUAAUAAAAUCAGACAGUUUCACGAAGCAGAAAAAAUUCUCGGGAUUCCCCCCAGUCCUAUUCUCUCUGAUAUUUCUUUUUCCUCUGCCCACUAAGAAAAGUACCCUCAUUCUCAUAAACUUUCAGCUGACACAACAAUCUAAAAUACUAUAAUACUCUUCAACGACAUAGUGUUUCCAUUUUUGUAAGAACUGUUCACUCAUUUCUGUGUGCACUCGAGCAUCUGCUAUUCAGCUGUCAAGACACUGUGAAGCUCUGCUUUUGCAUGAACAAGGACUUUGGGUUUGAUGCGGUUUUUGUCUGACACAAAAACCGAGCAGCUGGACAACUCCUCCACAAGUUUUCCAUCUCGCUUACGGCCCUCUGCAGGGCUGCGGCCUCCCGCAAAAAGAACGCCGACCUCGAGGGCCGUGCGGCCAUGUCACUGCUCCUGCUUGCACACCAUUCCUGGGAAGCUCCGGGUGACUCUGCUGUUUCUCGGGCACAAACUGCACCCCGUCUCUGGCUGACGGACGCGCAGCGGGUUGGGCCGCAGGUUGUUCGCUCUCUCCAUCCGAAUCCCCCGCCUCCUCCUGGGCCUCGGCGCGGCUGCCCGAGGUCGCUCCCCCGGCCGGGAGCGAACCGCUCCGCUCCGUCCUGGGCCCGUCGCUUCCUCACCGUCGCACAACGCCCGGCGCCUUUCCGCUCCAGCUCCGCCUUUCCCUUCCGCGCUCCCAUGGCCGGGCCGCCGGCGCCCCCGGUCACGCAGCAGGUCGGGCGGGCGCGGGGCUGCGGGCGGCGGCCGGAGCAGGAGCAGCUGCGGGAGGCCGCCCGCUGCCCGGUGCUGGACGCGGACGGCAGGAGCGUCCCCUUCCAGACUCUGUACGCGGAGCAGAAAGCGAUCGUGCUGUUCGUGCGGAACUUUUUGUGUUACACCUGCAAGGAGUACGUAGAAGAUCUGGCAAAAGUCCCCAAGGCAUUUUUACAAGAAUCAAAUGUGAGACUUAUAGUUAUUGGACAGUCAUCAUAUCAUCACAUCAAGCCUUUUUGCAGUUUAACAGGAUAUACACAUGAAAUGUAUGUAGAUCCACAAAGAGAAAUUUAUAAAAUACUUGGGAUGAAAAGAGGUGAAGGUAAUAAAGCAUCAGUUCAGAGCCCUCAUGUGAAAUCAAACACUCUUCUGGGAAGUAUUAGAAGUAUAUGGAGAGCAAUGACUGGCCCAGCUUUUGAUUUUCAAGGAGACCCUGCUCAGCAGGGAGGAGCUUUGAUUUUAGGCCCAGGCAACGAAGUUCAUUUUUUGCACCUUGAUAAAAACAGGCUGGAUCAUGUUCCCAUUAAUACAAUCUUGCAGCUGGCAGGAGUUAAAACAGUGAAUUUCUCAAACAAACCCCAGAUUAUUGACAUAUGACACUGAAGCAAUGUAUACUUUUUUUGUAAAUUUGUGCUCUACAAGAACAGCUCUCUGGUGAAUUACAACAAGCAUUGCUUCUGUUGCUUCUUUGUGGGACAUCUGAAACCUUAUGUAGAAAAUCAGAGCAUAGAAUAAACUGCCUGACACUAGAGAUGGAUAUAAAAGUGUUAUUUCCAUUGAGUACAAGAUAAUAAAAAACAAAACACAACUCAGACUGAUUGCAAAAAAUCCUGGAGCUUAUUAUUGGCUCAUCAGACAAACUUGCCAGUGUUUUUUUAAACAUCGUUGUUCAAGGUGCACUAAGGUAAGAAAUCAGAUUUUGCUCAGGAAGAACUUGGGAUUCCUGCCUUCAGCAGAUCAACACUGGCUUUCAAUCCAAGACUUUUCAGCACUGUUUUAAAGCUUCCAGCACUGUAUGACAAUUUUGUAUCGAAAUAUACCUUGAAAAGCCACAGUUUUGAACACCUGGACUUCAUUUGCAUCUGGCAGUGGCAGAAGUUAAGAAACACAUUUCACAAAUCCAAAUAAAAAUUUUAAAUACAUCAUCCUGUAUUGUCUGCAGUUCUUUUGUGUGAUACAAAAACAUGGGUCUGUAAGAACAGAGAGAGGUGGGUCUUAAUUUUUAACUGGUCAGAUGAUUGGUUUUGGAGUAAGCCAAAUUAUUUGUUUUCCUAUGAAGAUUUGCAGCAGGAUGUUCUUCCUUUGUAUGUUCGUAUUUUCUCUCAGAGCAAGAGGUCUCAGAAUAAAUUGUUCUUAGUUAUUUCUGUUUUAGACAACUGAAGUAAGCAUAACAGCAUUCUUUCUGGUUUGCAGUUCUGGCAUAUUUCAUAUUAUUCAUUUAUCUACAGAUGUUUAUGUUCAACAUCUAUUGGUUUCAUUAAAGUAGAUGUGCCCUCUUUCAUCUAGGAUACACUUUUUUAGCAAUUUGAAAAAAAAAAAUGUCCAAGAUUUAUGGAGGAGCAUAUCCUUCUCUGCAGCCUUUGAUCUUUGACCCUCACUGUAAAAUGUUACCAUACAUACAUGUCUCAACUGCAAAUUUUCACCCCUUUUAAGCUUUAAUGCAACUGUGAAAUGGCAUUUUGUGAAGAUGUUUGUUCCUGCAUUCAUUAAGGUCACUGGCAGGCCCAGAGCAAGGUCUGGAAAGCUUUACACCAUUAAGAGCAUGUGAAAUUAAGUGCACUGUUCCUUGAUAAAAAAUAAAAGGCUCGUG